AUGGACUCCAAGCUGAAUGAAGCCAACGACUUCAUAGCGAAGGCGGAAAAAAGCUUAAGCAAAUCGUUUUUUAAACGCACCCCAGACUACGACAGCGCAAUAGAGUAUUACACAAAGGCUGCACUAAUCUUUCGAAAUGCUAAAUGCCUUGAAAAAGCUGCCGCACUAUACAAAACGAUAGCUGAUCUGCAUUAUCAACUUGGUUCGUAUUUUCACUGCGCUAAGAACUACGAAAACGCGUCGUUGGUGUACAGAGAUUUAAAACAGUACGAUCAAAUGGCUGAGCUCGUUGCGCACAGUGGGGAACUUAUGCGCAAAUGUGGAGCACCGGAUAGCGCAGCUUAUCUCUACGAACGUGCUGCGAAAAACCUGGAGACUCCCAAUCCACAACGUGCAGCUGAAUUUUACGAAAGUGCUGCGGAUGCGUGCGAAGUGGAGGACAAAUUUCACGAAGCAGCCGAUCAGUGUAACUACGCUGCUCGCAUUUGGGUUCGUCUUCGUCGGUUCUCAGAUGCCGAGCGGAUGCUGCGGUUAUACAUCGCUUAUUUGAUGAGGGGAAAUCCGGACUCAGUUGCAGCAAAUGUUAGUGGCUUAGCAGACCACGCUGCCGUGCCGAAGAUGUGCGCCAGAGCCGUUGUCACACUAGUGUUGAUCAAGUUGCACGAAGGAGAUGAGGUCGCGGCGAAUAAAGUCUUCUCUGAAGCUAUGGAGUGCUGGAGGUUCGGUGAAAGUGAUGAUUACCCUCAAAUCCGCCAACUUCUCUGUGCUCUCGAGGAUGGUGACGCGAGUAGAGCCGAGCAGCUACUUAAGAGCAGCUGCUUCAAGACAUUGGAUCUCGAUUACGCACGGCUGCUGAAAGAGAUCAAACUCCCAGAAGUAGUGGAACCAUUCAGUGACGCUCCGCUUGAAAAAACACAUCUACCCUCGAAUGCGAUCCAUAACGAAGCAUAUAAACCCUCCGAACCAGAGACGACUUUCGGAGAGGAUGGUGAAGAUGAAUCAGAGGACAUUUGUUAGCCCGAUACUUCGAACAGCGAAAACAAUUCUUGACUCAUUUCACAACCUUCCUCAUGAACAUUGAGGUCAUUCGCUAUCCGUUGUUUCACGUUUUUCGUGUCUAAUCUUCCCCCAGUGGUUCUACAGGCCACUUUGCUGUUGUCUUUCAAUAACUUCCCCAUCCAGCUUUAUAAUCACUUGUUUGUCUGAUUUCGUUGAUGACCCGCGCCACUUGUAUAUCUUAUCCUUGUGAGCACCAAACAAUUGGUACUUCUUUCUCUGUCCCAUCGCCGUUCACUUUUAUCGUGGCUGAGCGAUUUGCACAGCUAACCGAACUGGACUAUGGAGAAUAGGGUGUCUUGCCCCAAUACUGUUUCCAUUCUCCUGCUGAAGUAGAAAUUCAUAUUACCCCUGAUCAAUUAAUGUACCCUUGCGAAG